AUGCGCGGUCACAUCGCCAUUUCACAGAUCGUCAACAUGACGGAGAGCGCGCCAUCGGACGGCAAGCAAGCGACGGCGCCAGCUCAAGGCACAGCGCCCCCUGGCAGCGCGCCACCUCCGAUGCAGCAGCGCACCGGCGACGCCCAUGCGAGCACCGCACCAGCAGGCGGGGGCAGCGGCCAGACGGGUAACUCCGCGUCCGGCGCCACUUCGACGGGUAGCACGAAGACGGGCGCGACCAAGCGCGUCUCCUUCUCUAGCGCCACCGGCAAGACCUCCGACGCGGACAUGCGCGAGGCCGGUGGCAAAGCCUCGGCUCAUGCUGCAACCCAGGAAACUGGUGACGCGAACUCAGAGUCCAAGGCUCCAGACGCGGGCGGUGAGGCUUCGGACGUGAACAUGGAAGGCGCCCCUGAAUUCAAGACGCCACGCGACGCUGGAGGACGUCAGAGGGCCCAUCUUCGCAGGCAUGCUUCGGCAGGAGGAGGGAUCAUGAACGACAUUCGCGCGGGUACAUUCGCCAUGGAAGGCUACGGCGGCGCGUCUACGCUGAUCGGCUUCGAGGAGCUCUCCGAACGAGGAUUUUCAGGGGUUGAAGGAAGUCUGUGGCGCCAACGCUGGGAUCGACGUCCUGUGUCCACGUCGUUCGCCUCAUUCCGCAUUCGACGCGUGUUCAAGAUGACCGGUUACCUGCGUCGAGUCCUCGGGGCCUACCGAAACAUGCGUUCUCUGGCUGACUCUCAGCAGGGUUUCACCGCCACUCAGGAAGUAGUCGACACGCGACGCAAGUACAAGGAACUGAAGCGCGCCUGGAAAUUCACGUGCGACUACUGGUUCCUGGAGGUCCAAGAGGCCCUGGGCAAGGUGGAUGACGCUGAGUCCAAGUACAAAGUCGCGCUGGGCGAGCAGAAGGCGCGGUACCAAGACGAGAUUGAUUAUCUGGAGUCCGAGAAGGCGCAACUUAAGGCGCGCCUUGCUGACUCUGAGGCACAAAAGUUCUCCGAUUUCCUUCAAGAGCACACAGACUUCACGGGUAAUUGGGAGCGCCUCCACGACCUCUUCAAGCUCUGCAUCAAGUACUCGAAGCCUCCCGAAUCCUGGGACACUGUCAUCAACGUCACGACCAUGGACAAGCGCAAGGCUGCGGUGGCCCCGUACCCAGAGAAAAGCACACGUAUGCCUCCGUCUUCGGGGUCUGGAUCGUCCGGUCGUCCUGAAAUUCUGGAUCUCACUGGUCCUGGCAGCAAGCCUCGCAGCGGUUCGAAGACCGGGGGCAAAACUCAGGAUUCCAAGAAAUCUCAGGGUUCCAAGAAAGGUCAAGGCCCCAGAAAAUCACGGGAUUCCAAGGCGCCGGGCGAGUCGCCACGGCAGUCAGCGCACCCUAAGCCUCACAAAGUUCAGCGUCGCCCCAAGGAUCACCAACCAUGCCGCGACUCUGUGCGUCGCGCCAACGAGAAGACUGUGGUGUCCAAGGAGGCCGCACACACGAUGCUCCCUGGGGGUGUCGUCUGGAAGGAAGUUCGGCCAGACGUGCGUCAGGCCAUUCUUGCUGGGCUCAAGUACGACACAGCCAUGGAGUGGAUUGGCAGCGACCGGGCGGCUCACGGGCACUUCAGGCAGCCGCAGCUGAUCAAGAUGCUCGUGAGCAUGAUGUACUGGCGUCGUCUUGACCUGGCUCCCUGGAGCAAGUACGUCCUUGAAGCCUACUACGAAAUGGCAGACGAGCGUCUGGCCAGGUGCCUUCGACGCGGUGAUGUACCACCACCCUGGGGGAACCUCGAUGACCACAUGGUGUACCCUGAUAAGGACGCCGAUUCCACGGUGGACGACAUCGAGAAUGACCCGGACUACCAGCCUCCCGCCCAGGAACCCGAGGAGAGCGCCUCUAGUAAUAGCUCUGAAGAGGAGGAGGUGGUGGUCGCCCCUGAAACUCUGGAGGACAUCGAGGACGCAGAGGACGACGCCGACGCAGAGGACGACAAUGGGGUAGAAGAACCCCUGGAAGUCAAGCCUCCUGCUAAGCGCCCCCGUUCUGAGUCAAGCAAGAAACCUCAGGGUUCCAACUCGAUGUCGAAGAAGAAACGUCGCGCGGGAAACAAGACAGACACUUCUGCCACUCAGGGUUCUAGUGGUACUCAGGGUGAGUUGAUGACGGCCGAAGACCCUGAGGACAACGAGACCUCCUGGCGCAUCUAUGGGGUUCUUGUUCAAUAUCCAAGCGUCACCAAGAGUGCGUCUUGCCAGACUUCCGGGUUCCCAGAGUACGAGAUCCACAAGUAUUCGUACGACGGUCGCUUCCGAGUGUUCUACUUCCAUGAGCGAGAGCUACUCUCCGCGAAAGCGCUCAGGCUGAUGGUGGACGUCGUGGACGCCGUGUACAAGCACGCACAGGCAAUCUGGGAGCGCGGGCACUGGGUGCCUAUUCCGACUGAAGAACAAGCAGACACCACCAUGGAAUCUCAGCGGAAGUCGCGUCAAAACGCGCUACGCAGAGCGUACAAGACGCUCGUCGAGCGCUCGCGCAAUACCCCUGGGUUCAUCCCGUCGUUGUGGCACGAACCGGGUCUCUGGAAGUUCCCGGACAUGUGCUGCUACUGGAUUUGGGGGGAUCCCAGGACCAAGAAACUCGGGGGAGCUAAGUGCAAGGACUUAGACGUCCGGCUGGCGACGUUGGACAUUCGUGAGCGCCACAUCAAGCCCCUGGCCAUCCGCAAGCUCAACCCGCUGUCUCUCAAGCACUCGUGGGAGUCAAGUAUCACAGUGUCACUCUGGGUUUCCCCUGAGUAUCAAUGGGUCAGUGUCACCCCAGAGUGCUAG